AUGGCGUCGUUCGGCAAUCCCACACAGAUCUUUGGUGAAGAUGUCAUUGAGGAGAAGGGCGAAAACGCCCGUCUGUCUGCCUUUGUGGGCGCCAUCGCUGUUGGUGACCUCGUGAAAAGCACCCUAGGUCCCAAGGGAAUGGACAAGAUUCUGCAGUCUGCGUCAACCGGCGAGAUCCUCGUGACGAACGACGGUGCUACAAUUCUGAAAUCCAUUGCUCUCGAUAACGCUGCCGCAAAGGUGCUGGUGAACAUCUCCAAGGUUCAGGACGAUGAAGUUGGUGAUGGCACAACAUCGGUCACUGUGUUGGCCGCCGAGCUUUUGCGCGAGGCCGAGAAGUUGGUCAACGCCAAAAUCCACCCCCAGACCAUCAUCGAGGGAUAUCGGAUAGCCAGCCGUGCUGCUCUUGCGGCUCUCAAAUCUGUGGCUAUCGACCGCAGCCAGGACCCCGAAGCCUUCCGUAAGGACCUGCACGCCAUCGCCCGUACCACACUCAGCUCCAAGGUUCUCGCCCAAGACCGUGAACACUUCGCCCGCCUGGCCUGUGAGGCCGUCCUUCGUCUUAAGGGAUCGACCGAUCUCAGCCACAUUCAGAUCAUCAAGAAGGCCGGUGGCAAGCUGAACGACUCGUACCUGGAUGAGGGUUUCAUCCUGGACAAGAAGAUCGGUGUUAACCAGCCUAAGCGUUUGGAAAAUGCCAAGAUUCUGGUCGCCAACACCGCCAUGGAUACCGACAAGGUCAAGAUCUUCGGCGCUCGCGUCAAGGUCGAGUCGACCGGCAAGCUAGCCGAACUGGAGAAGGCCGAGCGUGAGAAGAUGCGCCAAAAGGUGGAGCGUAUCAAGUCCCACGGCAUCAACUGCUUUGUCAACCGUCAGCUCAUCUACAACUGGCCCGAGCAGCUGUUCACCGACGCUGGUAUUAUGUCUAUCGAACAUGCUGACUUCGACGGCAUCGAGCGUCUGGCUCUGGUGACUGGGGGUGAGAUUGCCUCUACCUUUGACCACCCCGAUCAGGUCAAGCUGGGCUCCUGUGAUCUCAUUGAGGAGGUAAUUAUCGGUGAGGACACUCUGAUCAAGUUCUCUGGCGUCGCGGCCGGCCAGGCCUGCACCAUUGUGCUGCGUGGUGCCACCGAGCAGCUGCUCGAUGAGGCAGAGCGCUCCUUGCACGACGCUUUGGCCGUACUGUCGCAGACCGUCAAGGAGCCUAUGGUUACCCUGGGUGGUGGCUGUGCCGAGAUGGUGAUGGCUAAGGCGGUGGAGCAGGCGGCCCAGAACACUACGGGCAAGAAGCAGCUCGCGGUUGACUCCUUUGCCCACGCCCUGAAGCAGCUCCCAACCAUCUUGGCGGACAACGCCGGUUUGGACUCGAGCGAUCUGGUGACUCGUCUGCGCCAAGCAAUCAAUAACGGAUUGACCAACUCGGGUCUGGACCUGUUGACCCCUGGUGGUGGUAUUGCGGACAUGCGCGACUUGGGUGUUUUGGAAGCCUACAAGCUGAAGAAGGCCGUGGUGUCUUCGGCUUCCGAGGCCGCUGAGCUUCUUCUCCGAGUGGACAACAUCAUUCGGGCAGCUCCUCGCCGACGUGACCGGAUGUGA